AUUCACAUAAAGGACGCCAGAGGUGUGGCUGAGGCACGUGGGGUACAAAAAUCACAUGAUUCCUGCCAAUGUCCACCACUUCUUCUCUAUUAUCUUUGCAAUUUUGGAAGAAAAAAGAGAAGUUCCAUCUUUCAUCUCGAGGGAGGACCCAGCUGCUUUUGUUCAACAAAAAACCCAGUCAAGCCGUUUAGCAGCACAAGCUGCUUCGGAAUUUCAAACAGAGAUGACUUCUCGAGUCCGCUGGGAAGGAGUGGAUGAAGUUGGCCAAUCGAAGAAUGGUGUGUUAUGCGCAUCCCCAUCCGAGAUAGAUGGAGUUGUCAAGCAUCCAAGGAAAAGAACGUCCAUCGAAUUCAUUUGCACAGCCGUCAGAAAUUUGUCCCAUCACUCAACAUCGUCCCAUCCAAAACCGAUUGAGGUCAAACCCCAGACAAAGAAAACCUGCAUCUGCGAUGCGAACGCGGAUGAGGUGAAUCCGGAGAAACAUCCAGUCACGCCCGAAUCACAAGACAGUGGAAUCAUGGUGGAAAGCAGCGCACCUACGGCUGAAGAAGUGGCGAAAAUGGAACAAGAAUCACUUCUAAAGACCGUCAAAGGUAAACAGCUCCAAGACGGGCCACUGAAACACCCUCGGAACGAAAUUACCUUGGCCCAGCCGUUACCAUUGAUCAACGAUCGAACGUCUUUGCCGGCAUUUAGCGGACUAAAUACACUGACGCACCAACGGAAUAAUCCGGAGAAGAUGGUCAAACUGUGGAAACAACAAGGCAAGCAAGCUACUGUGGACAUACUGAGCGCGCUUUACGGUAUCAUGUUGGUCGUAAUGGGGGUGGCUUUUCCUACUUCCCAAGUCAUUUCAAGCAAAAUCCCGUCACACUAUUACGAGGGUUUCUACGCUUACCUCUAUUUUGUUGCCAUUGGUUUCUUUGGCUACAUCUACAUCCUCUUAAAAACUCAGUUCAACUUUUCGUUGACGUGGAAAAAACGUUGGUUUCAAAUGGUACAGCGUAUCAAAGCCAAGAAAUGUGCGAAAAUGGAGGCUGGCAAUGACGAUGUCUUCCAAAGCGAUGGUUUGACCAUGGAGGACAUUAUGACUACCAGAUUACGGGUGACUCUUGGCAAAGAACUCGAUCCCAGACGAAGCGCUAAUCACGGAUCGUUCUACCUUCGAAUGGGAGCUGUCGUAUUUGGUGUAGGAUCGAUGAUCUACUCGGGUUUGGAAUUUGCCCAGUAUUUUGAAAUGUCAUCCAAUCCGCUAUGCGACGACAUCAUGAUGGCAGUCCAACCUGCCUCUCGAAUGCUCUUUACAUUUUUUCAAAUGUAUUUUGUUUUCCUCAACGCAAAGAUCCAGAUCAUCAAGAACAGUAACAUUAUUGUAGCUCGAUUCGGAAUGAUGCACGUCAUAGCGACAAAUCUCUGUGUCUGGCUUAACGUCAUCAUCCAGGAGACCAAGCACGAGAUCCUCCACUUCAAGCAGUAUGGUGAUGACCAUGAAAUGGACCAGCAUCUCGUGCUCGUACAUGGCGAAGAGCCCGUUCAAAUAGCAGCGGAAGAACAGAGCCCUUACGCUUCGGCCGUGAUCGGGCAUUGGGUGAACAAGACUGUCGGUGCCAUUUUGCUGGACGGACAAAAUGAAAUCCAUCAGCAUCGGUUGGUCAAGCGAACGCUAUCGGAUGAAUGCCACCGUUCAGACUUGAUGGGCACAUUAACGCAAAAUGCUAGUCCCUUUCUGUUCCCUUGUGCCAUCGAGUAUUCUCUCAUCUGCGCUGCAAUUAUGUACGAAAUAUGGAAGCAUACGGGAGAAGUGGACCAUCAUCACUGGUCGGCCCGUUCGAGGUCUGACUCUCCUGCAGGUGCUCGAACUCCACGGACACCCGGUGGAAACUUUUAUCCUUAUUCUCAACGUCGUUCACCUCACCACUAUUCCGUCGAUUGCACAAAUGCCAACAAUGGCCUCUUCUUCGGAAUAUUUGUCCUGGUUUUGAGUAUUUUAUCCAUGAUCCUUUUCUUUGUUCUGAUCCAUCGAGACGACUAUAAAAGCACAGCCAUCACCAUCGUCCACCUGACCGAGCUUAUUCUUUACAUCAUGACGUUAAUUGCCGUCCUGAUUGGAAUUAUACAGGUGAGCCAGUUGCAAUUCGACGCUUCUCAUCCGCUCGACCUGGACAAUAUUCUACUUAUUGUCGCUCUAACUGGCGUCAUCUCCUACAACGUUUUUACCAUAGUUGGGACACAGUUUAGCGACCAUCCGGAUAGGAUGUUAGUGCUCAUCAAUGCACUGACGGCCGUCGUGCAGGCCGUUGCUCAAACUGUCUUUGUGCUGGGCUCGUCCAAGCGACACCUGUACACUAGACGUCAGGAACAGCGCAAACCUGGCCGUGAGGUUGUGACUUUCUUAAUGGUCACCAACUUUGCAAUGUGGGCCAUCAUCACGUUGGAAAAGAGUCGAUUCGAUGCCCAUCCGGUCCAAUCUCAGUUUUUUGGUCAAUGGCCAUGGACUAUCAUCACCAACAUCAGCUCGCCACUUGCCAUCUUUUACCGCUAUCAUUCGACCGUUUGCCUCUGCGAAAUAUGGAAGCGGUGCUACAAAGUCUCUGAGAGACACAACCAUUUACCGUUGCAGCAGCAAGCGAGCGUGUAGUUCCACUUUAUCCAUUCCCAUUAGGACAGACAGUCUCCUCUACAUGCCAAAAGAGUUUGGCAAUGUUAUUCUAAGCAGUCUGUACAUUCAAAAUAUACAGUACAGUAUUGCCGUUACGGUUCGUCACCAUAGUUAUUACAGAGCUCAAUCUAUAAGCAGCAAUCAACUAAACAAAAUAAUAUCGACAGAGGAUUCUAACUUGCGUGAUGUUAACAUAAGAUACCAAUGUGAUUAUAAAAUACAAGUAUAAACGCGA